GAGAGGGGUGCGAGGCGCACGCGAAGCAAACCAACUCCGAUUUACAAACGGCGGAGGUCUGGUGUCAGGUUGACGCGAACGACACCCGCUCUCCCAGGAUUUAAGGUGUGUGACAGGGAGCGGCGCCGAGGGAGUCCCAGGGUGGGGGGGGGAGCCGGCGACAUGCCUGCCGUGCGCGAGCGAGCGAGGGGGCCCAGCCAGUGAGGACGCAGCAGCCGGCAGAGACACGCCUCCCGGCCCCGCUCACGGCCACGCCCAGGCCCGCGGCCAUGGCAUUCACCCUGUCGGAGAUCAUGGCCGCCCGCAGGCAGCAGCAGCGCGGGGGCAGAGUGGCGGUGGAGGUGGACGAGUACAGCGCCAACCCCACCCAGGCCUUCACCUUCUACAACAUCAACCAGGGCCGCUUCCAGCCCCCUCAUGUGCACAUGGUGGAUCCCCUGCCCCACGACGCCCCGAAGCCGCCCGGCUACACCCGCUUCGUCUGCAUCUCGGACACCCACUCGCGCACGGACGCCAUUCAGAUGCCCUAUGGAGACGUGCUGAUCCACGCUGGAGACUUCACCGAGCUCGGCCUGCCCAGCGAGGUCAAGAAGUUCAACGACUGGCUUGGCACCCUGCCCUACGAGAUCAAGAUCGUCAUCGCCGGGAACCACGAGCUGACGUUCGACCAGGAGUUCAUGGCCGACCUGAUCAAGCAGGACUUCUACUACUUCCCCUCGGCGUCCAAGCUGAAGCCGGAGAGCUACGAGAACGUCCAGUCCCUGCUGACCAACUGCAUCUACCUCCAGGACUCCGAGGUGACCGUCCGGGGCCUCCGCAUCUACGGAUCCCCUUGGCAGCCCUGGUACUACGGCUGGGGCUUUAACCUGCCGCGGGGUCAGGCCCUGCUGGACAAGUGGAACCAGAUCCCCGACACCACCGACAUCCUGGUCACACACUGCCCCCCGCUGGGGUUCCUGGACUGGGUCCCGAGGAAGAUGCAGCGCGUCGGGUGCGUGGAGCUCCUGAACACGGUCCAGAGGAGAGUGCAGCCCAAGCUGCACGUGUUCGGACACAUUCAUGAAGGCUACGGAGUGAUGACGGACGGCUCCACCACCUUCAUCAACGCGUCGGCCUGCACCGUCAACUUCCAGCCCAUGAACCCCCCCAUAGUGUUCGACCUGCCCACGCCCCGGAGCACAUGACUGAACAGGCCCCGCCCCUUCCCCCUCCCCCUCGAACUCUUUCUUACCGUAGGUAGGAUGGGCGGGGAUGUAAAUAUGCAGAGUUCUGACUGACCGUUCCUCUAUGGUGGCCCGUGGUGGCCCGGUGUCUUGUAGAGUUUCCUUGUGUGGUUUUUAUUGUAUGCUGUCUGCUCUUCUUUUGAACCUGAACGAUGGCGCAGCAGUGCGCUCACACUGAGAGCCAGAGGACCCCGCGUGCGCCGUUUCGCUCUUUCUGUUGCACUUCAGUCGGCUGACAAUCUCGCGAUCGCCGAGCAGCUCCGCGUCUCGACUACCAGCCUGGGUUUUCUUCUCAGUGUUUAUUCUGGAGUGCGUUUCUGAUCCAUUUCACGGACAUGCUGCGCAGCCACGAAUGGCAUUUCCCCCGACAUGGGCUGUUGAGUUGCUGCAUGAGGACUGUGAGUUUUUUGGUUGCGUUAUAACCCGAGAGCUCUGGAAUGCCCUUGUGCUCUGUGCCCCUGUCUCCUGCACCAAAUGGGAUGAGUGUACAGUAGAUCCCCUCCCACCCCAAACGCACACGCACACACGCACACCUCCCAGAAUUCCCCGUCCCACCGUGGCACUGGUGCUGAGGGUCCUGGCGCGGGGGCAGGCCCGGGGACGUGUGGAUGAAUGCCGCAGGGAGCAGGAAGCCAUAGCCACGGGUCUGUGUGAAACUGAAUGGUAAGCGCAUUGGCAGCACUCCCCGGGGACUCAUUAAAACUUUCUCUAUGCCUCUUAUAGAUUUGGAAAUGUGUUCAGGGGGCCCUCCUUUGCUUUCCAAGCAAUGUCUGUGUGCCCAGCUCAACCUCCUAUCAUCUGCUAAAGCACCGUGCUGCCAACAACUAUAUUUGGGGGUCACCAGCAGUGUUAUCUUUUUUCACAUAGUCAUUAUGUGGCCGUGCUGCUCACUCUGGACUCAAAGUUUUCGCAGUUUGUUCCCAACCCUCUGGCACUUUGUAAGCAAGAGACGAUGUUAAUGGUAAAAGGAGACAAUGCUAAAGCUAAUAAGAGAUAGUGUGAAAGCAAAUGAUGGAAAGGUUAAUGGUCACGGUGAACACUUCUAGAAUGUUCAGAUUCUUAAAAUUGUAAUGCAGUUCUGGAAUGCAUCUGACUCCAUUCCAGUGUCCAUUCACAAAGCUGAACAAAGGUUAAGGAGCAAACCAUAUUUUCUUAAUACGUUUAUAUUGGAUCCUUAUAUCUUCAUUCACAAUAUGACCAAACUCUUCUCUAUCCUCCCUGGAGAGCCAAAUAUUUCUAAUGUCUUUAAAGUGAGACACCAGAUUUCAGAAGUGAAAUAGUUUUGAGGUAAAAAGGUAGUUCAAAAUCUGAUAGUAUUUACUUAGUAUUUUGUCUGGCACACAACGAAGUGUUCAGGUUAAACACAGUAAAUGGUGCUCUUUCAAAAUUACCUUAAAAGAAUGCUGUCUGAAAAUCACAGCUUCUUCAGCUCUGUGUGUGGGUAGCGUACCAAGACUGCGCCGGACUUUGAUCUCAGUGUUCUCCACUUUAAUUUAUCAAGGCUCUCAUUUUCAGCCCCCUGGCUACAA